AUGGAUAGUGCUCAAAGCGUGAUACCUAUGCCUUACCGUCAGAGUCAAAUUGAAGCUCUGAUGAGUAGACAGCAUGAAGAGAAAAUCGGCUCUAGACUUGAAAUCGUUAGAAUUGAAGCUGGAUACAUUCAGCUAGAAUCAGCUCUAGGUUUGGAAUUGUUUGAAUUGUCAUUUGUAGAAUUUGCUCUUGACUUGAAAUUGUCAGAAAUUGGCUCUGAACUUGGAAUAGCAGUGAAAUUGUUCAAAUUCGUUGAAAAUUGA